CUGCUUUGUUGAGUCUCGGCAGCGCAAAUUUUUGAUGUGGAAAAAUAUGUGUGGCAACUCCGGGCUUAAAAUUUCUUUUCGUGUCGGUUUUCUUGAGAAAGCAACGUGUUUUGCCCGAAGCAUUCUUUAUAUCUUAUAAAAAUGCCUUUAAAUGGUAUCCCUCCUUUAGCUGCUUUACAAGCUGAGACAUUUUGGAUUGAUGCUGCCAGGUAUCAAGAUGCUGAGAGGCAAUAUUAUGAAAUGUUAGCUCAAGGAAGGCUAAGAAAUCAAGCAGUACGAAAAAAUUCUAAAAAUAGUUCUGAUGGAAAUCAAGUACAAGAAAAGGCGACACCAACAUCUUCAUUAGCUAGUGAAAUAGCACAUGCUCGACAGAAAAUACAAAAUAUUUUGAAGUCAGGAGAGUUUGAAUCAGAUAAUUUAAAUCUCUUAAAAAGAGUAGAAACUUUGGAGGCUGAAAAGAAACAAAUGCAGCAAAAAAUAUCUGAACUCUCUUCAAAAUUGGCUCUGUUGGAGACUAAAGUGGAUGAUUGUUUACAAUUGCGUCAUAAACAGAAUUCUGAAUCAAAAUCCAAUCAGCAUAAAAGUGAAAGUACAAAAGCCAAGCCAAGUGUCAAUGGCCCUGCUGCUGAUGAAGACGAUGACAUUGAUCUCUUUGGAUCUGAAGAGGAAACUGAAGAAGAACUUAGAGUUAAAGAAGAAAGGGUCAAAGCUUAUGAAAAUAAAAAAUCCAAGAAGCCAGCUUUAGUAGCAAAGUCUAGUGUCGUUCUGGAUGUUAAACCAUGGAGUGAUGAAACUGAUAUGAAAGAAUUAGAAAUUGCUGUGAGGAAGAUUCAAAUGGAUGGACUGACUUGGGGAGCAUCCAAACUUGUACCUUUGGCAUAUGGCAUUAAAAAACUCCAAAUUAUAGCCACAGUUGUUGAUGAUAAAGUUAGUGUUGAUGGAUUGCAAGAAUCUAUUGAAGAAAUAGAAGAUUUGGUUCAAAGUGUGGACAUUGCUGCCUUUAAUAAAUUGUGAUUCCUUAGCUGUAUAUUUAAAAAGAAAUGAAUAAAAGUAAUUUUUGUAUGCCAUAUGAAAAAAAAAUUCUUUAAUGUCUUGUACAAUUCUACUUUUUAAAAUUUUUUUAU